CCGUUCCAUUCAUUUGAGAUGUCAGUUUUCUGUGCGCAAAUAGAUUUCACAACAUCCAAGAAGCAAACAGCAACAAAGUUUGUGUUGCAAAAUUAAGUCAAAACUUGUCGUGUUGUGGUCGUCUGUGUUUGAUGUUAAAUUGUACUCCCUGCAAUAAUUAUGAAACGAAAAUUGCCGCAAUGGCUUCUUGACGCCACAAACAAUAACGAUAAGAUUGCAAAACCAAAUCCAACGGAAUCGAUACAAAAACCUUCUAACGACAUUUCACCUGACAUCGACAAUCAACCUGAACCACAUUCCACUUCAGUAAACAGUCAGUCCGAACAAACAAAGCCAUCGAACAGCACAAUCGCUAUAGUUCCUCUGGCCAAUCUUCUAUCACCAUCGCGAGGAGGCAUUCGAGUCAGCGAACUGCACAGAAAUGUUCCCAACGAAGCAGAACUGCGAACAGCCGACAGUACUUCAACAGAAUCGGAAAGUGGUGCAGUGCCAGUACCAGUAGUUGUUAAGACAGAAACACCUGAUGCUAAUGAACCAAAUGCAUCGAAUGCAUCAGAUGAGCAACAAGUGGUUGUUAAACAAGAAAUCAAAGAUGAGCCCGAGGACACUGCAAGUUCGAAUGCAUUGACGCCUGCACCGACACUGGUGCCGAAAAUCGAAGAUGUGAAGCCGAAACGACAGUCAUGCAAUUACGGGAUUAAGUGUUUCAGACGAAAUCCUGCUCACCGCACUGAACUCGCCCAUCCAGGAGACGUCGACUACAGGCGACCAAAUCUACCAAGCGCUCCAGCCGGAACGCCAGCCUGUCCUUGGGGAGCGGCAUGCUAUCGCCGAAAUCCACAGCAUUUCAUCCAAUUGAGUCAUCCACCAGCAAAUAUUUAUAAUCCGACAGCAAACACAACAGCCGUAACCGUUACCCAUGUUCCACAAGUGAAUCUGCCGCAGCGACGUAAUCGGAAUGCCACUGGAAAUGGCCGAAUAGGCGCUGGUAAUGACGAUUCAGAUGCAGAAGAAGAUGACUACGAUUUGGAGGAUCCUUUCAUUGACGACGGGAGUUCGGAUGAGUAUGUGCCAGAUGGAAAUGAUGAUGAUGAUGACGAUGAGGACGAUCUUGAAGACUCGCAACUGGUGGACAGUUAAAAUUUAUUUUCGUUUUUUUCGUGGUAAAUUCCCCAAUAAAAUCGUUCAGCGAAUGUUAACCCAUGUGGGAUGCUGUGCAAGUUUUUCCAUUUCCAAAGUUUAUGUGAAGGCGCAAAGUACAAAUUUUUAUGACCAAAAAAGAAUUUAAAUAAAAUCCAAGU